CUCACCUGAAAAUACCAUAUUGGACUUGUCUUUUGCAGCUUAGUUCUACCUUGCUCUAUUUGACCGUGACUCACCGAAAUCGAAAGCCCAUGGUAGCUCUCGCUUGAACUGUUACAGCUCGUGCUGUCCCCCCCAUCGUCUCCCCAACAUGGCCGUAUCCCAUCUUCCGUUCCUCCUGAUACGGCCGCGACUUACAGCACCAUCCCGCCUCCACAUCUUCAUUCCACCCCUUUCGUCAGAUCAAUACAGCUAUAAAUGUUACCGACCUCUCUCCACAGAGUCGUCCCCCAGCCCACAUGAUCGCGAUAGCGGACCACUUCCUGGAUUCAAUACUGCUGCGCAUAAAGAUUUGAAUUCGCCAUCGAAUGUCGCUCCGGCCUCAUCAAAUUCCGGACAAUCCAUUCCACUGUCUGAGUCGGGCACUAAUUGGUAUGACAAUCCGGACUUCACAAUCUCGACAUUUUCGGAGCUACCUUCUAAAAACUUCGGAGUAAAUCAGCACAUGAUUAUCAACGAGGAGUUUAAAGAGGCACUACGACAGAUAUUGUGGCAGUUCAAAGCUCCAAUCCGAUAUGCAUUCGCAUACGGUUCAGGCGUAUUCCCGCAGUCCAACAGAUCUGCGACUCCAGCUGAAAGUUCCCAUCCGGCUGCUCCACAAGCCAUUCAAACAGGCCAAGGGAACAGCGGGAAGAUGAUUGAUUUUAUAUUUGGUGUCUCGUAUAGCCAGCAUUGGCAUGCCCUCAAUUUGAACCAGCAUCGCGACCACUAUUCUAGCCUAGGAUCGCUAGGGUCAUAUGUUGUCUCCCAGAUCCAAGAAAAAUGGGGAGCCGGCGUUUACUUCAAUCCUUAUGUUACUGUGAAUGGCACUCUUAUAAAAUAUGGGGUUGUUAACAUUGACACAUUGUGUAAAGAUCUUAGUGACUGGGACUCACUCUACCUCGCGGGACGGCUUCAGAAGCCGGUGAAAAUCCUCAGAGACCACCCAAAAGUCCGUCUUGCGAACCAAGUGAACCUUCUUUCAGCAGUCCGCGUGGCACUGCUUUUACUACCACCGAAAUUUACCGAACAGCAGCUGUAUAGCACCAUCGCGGGCAUUAGUUAUCUGGGUGACCCACGGAUGUCUUUUGCCUCGGAGGAUCCGCGUAAGGUCAAUAACAUUGUAACCUCGCAGAUGACCAACUUUCGACGUUUAUAUGCUCCCUUGAUCGAGACGUUGCCAAAUGUUGCUUUCAAUGACCCACAAUGCGCCCGCUUAGAUUGGGUGGAUAACCCGGAGGUAGACGCUUGGCUAGCUCAAGAUAUGGACCCGUUCAAACGAGGAAAUAUGGUUCGAAGACUUCCUCAGUCCUUCCGUGAGAAGCUGUACUUCCAAUUCCAGUCAAGAUACCAAAUUCCGAGAGUGGAAUUUGAGAAAAUGAUGGAGAAAAGCAACGACGAAGACCCCGAACGUGUCCAUCGUCGAGUAGGAGGCGUAUUCGAGCAAAGGAUUGCUGCUGACGAACACCUCAAGGACGAAGCAACUAAGUCCAUCAGGAAGACCAUAUCGUGGCCUAGUACAAACCAGAGCAUAAAGAGCUUAUUCACCGCCGGCCUCGGAAGAGGAUGGCGUUAUAUGAAAGAGAAACAACAAAAGUACGCCUCCGCCAAACAGGAGACGGAAGAAGCUACAGCCAGUCAUUCUAAAAAGGAGUGA